UUUUUUCCUGGUCUCUUGGUAAGGAUUGUGGCCGCUCGAGAAGGUUUCAAGCUCAAUCUAUUACUGGGCGUCGUAGCACGUCGGAGUAUACGUUAUAAGACGAGGUUUGGUCUUCCUGUCGUUUCAAGAGCUUUGAUAUCGUGGUAGAAGGAGGAGAUGUAAUGAGGAGGUGGGAUGAGGGGCUUGUGAUGCCGUCGUACUUGAUCGUUUUGUGAGGGGUUUUGACCUCUUCAAGUCUCUUGGACGUGGGAGUCUCUUCGGUGUUGAAAUGUCUCUUUCAAUGCUCUUCCUGCCGCAGGCAAUCUUGAGACUAGCUUUAUCGAGAAUGGCGAGUCGCGCUAUCUUCGAGGGACUUAUGGAGUUAGGGAGGAGGAGGAGGAGGUCGUUUGUGCUUCAGUGGCACGUGAGACUUUCGGGAGAUCUGAUCGUCAAUGGAUACUUCUCGCCAGUGAUGACACUUGAAUGGCUGGUAUCAGCGAGGGCUAGGAAUUGUAGGACCCCUGCGAGAGCUACAGUGCAAGUGAGAAUGUGGGUCGAGAGCUUGAAUGCUUGAGAGGUGCGUGAGGU